CCAUUCCCUCUUGCUUCCCCUCAGCCACACAGACACUCCUCCUGUGAGCAUUUGUUAGGCAGCUCCUGUCCCUUAUGUCUCUUUGUAGGGAACAGAGCAGAGUUCCUAGAGCACCACUGAAGACAAGAUACAUCUCUAGGGACAACACCCGGGCUGCAGACUUCUAUGCACCCCUGGUCACAGCUUCAACGGAUCCCAAAACUGGGCAUGUGGAAAGGAAAGACAUAGCAACUUGAGCAAGGGGAGCCUAAUUCAAAAGUCCAGAAGAAGAGGUGGAAAUAAAAAUAAAAUAAACAAACCAAGAGGUCACUUCAGAAAUGAAGAGAAGAUGAACAGCAGGUCAGAGUCGUCAACGCUGGAUUGGACCGCAAAAGAAAAAGGUGGAGUCCCGAUAUGAGCUUUCAGUUUCUCUUCAAAAAAAGUUUUGGAAUCUGGAACACGUUCCAAAUAGGCGAUGGUGGUUUGAAAAUGAGAAGCUCUUUAAAGAACAUCUUGAAAGGUCCCAACAGUGCUUUUAAUUCAUCAGCCAGGAAUUAAUCUUAUCUCUUCAACUUUCUCUGAGAAGGAACAUUAAAAUCUUUGUUGAUAGAGCUCUUGGGGAGUGAGUAAUAUUUCUUAUACACAAUCUUAAAACUACAGCUGUUGACUGGAGACAGACAGAACUGCCAAGUGCUUAAGAAAAUUAUGUUUUUGCUUAGUUCUAUAAUGGAUAAGCCUGUAUUUGGACUAACUAUAUAUUGAUGCACUGGGGAGAGGAGAAAUGUUUACAGGAUGUGGAGUGUUCAGUGGCCAUAACCACUGUCUGCCUAACAGCAAUGUCACACAACAACCUGGACUGGAGGUAAAGAGAACAAACCAGACUGCUAAUGGAGUAAACCAAGGGACUGGCCCUUUUUAUGAGGGUCAAAGUUAUACAAACACUAUAAUGCAACCUGCGUUUAACAACAGUCUUUCUGACACAAUAAAACCUCCACUGUUGCCACCCUCUCCAGCGGCUGUUAAACUAGGGCAGGAAGGUUUCAAAAAAGUUUGCCGUACUGAGGAGGACAGCCCCUGUCCCUUUCCAGGUCUGGCUUCUGGGGUGCUGGAGAUGCGUGUCAAAGAGGGUAGCAAGAUCCGCAACCUAAUGGGAUUUGCUAUGGCUCGGAUGCAAGGAGAAAAGACUGGAAGUGCGGGAGGUGGGACCGUCAGUGGGCUCAGGCAGGUUGUAUUCACUGGGUCAGGUCGCGCCGUCACAAAGACCAUCACCUGUGCUGAGAUUAUGAAACGAAAAGUGGGCUGUCUGCAUCAAAUGACUAAGCUCAGGUACAAAGUGGUGAAAGAAGUUUGGGAGAGCAACCAGGGGGCUGCAUCUGAGAUGACGGUGCACAGGACUGUACCUUCGAUCAGCAUCCUUCUUUCUAAGGAUCCUCUGGAUCCUCAGGAGCCAGGCUAUCAGCCACCAGAGGCUUUUAGCUCAUUGUGGGAAGACAGAGGAGGGACUGAUCCUGCAACACAAACAACAUUCAAGAGACCUUUUGGACCGCUGCCACACAGCAGCUUCCCGCGCUGUAAGAAGCCAUGUUUGGAGCAAGGAGACUCAGUUCUUCCACCUAACUGACUAUCUGAAUCCCUGUCACAGUGAAGAAGAUUGAAUCAGCAAAGUUCAUUUGGCGCUGCACUCCACUCUAGCACAAUGCUGAGACAAUCAGAACGUUCACUCAGUCAGAACAGGGCUUUCUUAUUAGAACUGAAUCCCAAUUCAAGCUUCAGGAGGUCAGUUUGACUGAGGCUGAAAAGCUUGCUUCUGCACUUACAGUACAGAUUUAUGGCCCUUGACAUCACAACUGUCAUAAUAUGUGUGCUUGUGUUGUUUGAUGACCAACAUAUUGAAAUCAUACUUCACAGCAACUGCAUCUAAAUGAAGCCAUUGAUUGCACAAGUCAGCUAUAUAUGAAUUGGGGAUAAAACUAUUCAUCAGUAUAAAAUAAAUUCUGUCAAUAAAUAGCCUUAAAUUAAGCUGUUCAGAUAAACAGAUAAAUGAUUUUAUAUAAAUAAGAACAACUCAAAUUAUUGAUGGUAUAAAAAUGCAAUAUGUACCAGUUUAGUUUGUCUAACUAUCAAUCUUCACGUGAAAAUAAAAUUUUUAUUUCUGAA